AUGGACUACUGGCUCGUCGACCAGCAUGCCUCGAUCCUUAACCAACAACGUGGAAUCCACCAGAUCGGGUAUCUUGCUGACCUCAAAUCCAGCUGGGUUAUGCUCUCCCGUUCAGGGCUUUUCGAGCCCUUGCCCGACGAGACACCACAACUCAAGACCAGGGGUCGGAUAUCGCUUAGCAUCACGGCCGAGAAGCAAGUCCCUGGCAGCAGGCCGUGGUCGCUCAAAUGUGAUAAUGGCACCGCCUAUAUCACAAGUCAUCGCAUUAUCUAUCUUCCCUCUCAACCCACAGAUUCAUUUCAGAGUUUCUCAAGCAGAAUACUAGAUCUAGAGGACUCGAGGACCCCCACAGGCUCACAUAUGUGGGGGUUCGGGGCGUGGUACUGGGAAGCUGAGUUCCGCCCUGUGCCUGGCGGCAACAUUCCGACAGAUGUUAUGAGGGCGAAAGUCCAGCUCACAUUCAACGAGAGCGGGGUCAGCGACUGGCAGGCCAAGUACACAGACAUCCGGUCACGAAUCCAGCAUCUGGCACAGAUCGGGCAGUUACAGAACAUGCACGGCGAACAGUUGCCGAGCUAUUCGCCCGCAGCAGACGGCGACAUGAGCUCCAGACAGCCAGAAUCUGCGACCGAGGAAGUGGCGCGGCGCGCAGAUGAUGCCGCACAACAGAGGCGAGAGGACCAGGGUGUGCCGGACGAGGCACCGCCGGGAUAUGAUGAGGCCCAGGCUCAAGCCAUUACCGAGAGAUUUGAUGCGCGAGAGCGCGAGGACAACGAGAGGCAGUAA